AUGAUGGCCAUGCCUCCGCCGCCAAUCGCCGCCGCUCCACCAAUUGCCACCGCGCCGGCACCCUACUCUAUCACUCCCACUAAAAAAAUUCCAUAUUUUCACCACCACCACUCACUGUCUUCUCCACCUCUCACUUCUUCGAUUUUGUGGAACCCAAGUAGGAGUACGCUUACUCAUGGCCCAGCUUCAAGAAUUUUGUUAAGCCGUCCUCUUGCUAUAAUCUCGAGGCACUCCUAUGAGGGGAAAGGAAGCAGUGCAUUUGAUCCAGAGCUUAGAUCAGUGCUUGAGCUUGCCACUGAUUCUGAAUUGUAUGAACUCGAAAGAAUUUUAUUUGGGCCAAGUUACUUCAGUCCACUAUUGAAAUCGAUCUUGAAAAGUGACGAUGAUGAUGGUAUGAUGAUUGGAGAAGAUCCAAAUGAAAGGGAAGGUUUUAUCACGAGGCUUGAAUCUCGGUUCUUGUUUCUGGCAGCUGAUGCAAGAUCAACACUGAGGGGCUGGAGACCAUCUUAUAGAAAAGUAUUGCUUGCUGUUAGGAAACAACUAAAGAUACCUUGCUCGAAAGAUCUCUCAGCAGAGGACUUAGAAGUGGAGAUUUUUCUGCAUCUUUUGCAAGAAUACUCGAGUGAAGAGCCGAUAAAUUUUUCAAGCUCCAAUGGUGACUCAAAUAAUGGCGACGAGCCUAAUGACCUAGAGUUAGGCCUCAGCCUUUGGAAGGUGCAAAAGCUUGCAGCUUUAGGGAUUGGAGCCACAGAGCUCAGAUCAAUAAUAAUGAAGGGUGGUGGAAUGCUUACACUGGAAAAGCUGUUUGAAUUGGUGGGAGGGAGAUUAUCGACGAAGAUGCUUUCGGAAGCUGCCAAAUAUAGUAUGAAAAAAGAAGCCAUUAAUAAGGGUGGAAAGUUGGCGGCUAUUCACCUGGAAUCUGCUAUGGGUUUGCUGGCUACUAGACAGGGUCUAAAAGCUGCAGCUACUCGGUAUCUGGGGCUUAGGAGUGUGACUCAGUUGCUUGGUCCAAUAAUGUGGGGUACCUUGCUGGCUGAUGUUGUUAUUCAAAUGCUUGGGACUGAUUAUGCUCGGAUAUUGAGAGCCAUUUAUGCAUUUGCUCAGAUUCGAAUCUACCGCUCGUACAAAACGGCAUCCGAGGUUAUGUGA